AGCUUAACAAAUGGCUGCCCAGUGUGUGACGAAGGUGGAGCUGACAGUUGCCUGCGCCAAUCUCUUGGAUAAAGAUGUUGGUUCCAAGUCAGACCCACUGUGUGUGCUGCUCCAGAACACAAGUGGUCAGCAGUGGUAUGAGGUUGAUCGCACAGAAAGAAUCAAGAAUUCCUUGAACCCCAAAUUUGCCAAGAAAUUCCUAAUUGAUUAUUAUUUUGAGCUUGUUCAGAAACUUAAAUUUGGAAUAUAUGACAUUGACAACAAGACCUUUGAUUUGAGUGAUGAUGAUUUCCUUGGAGAAUUUGAAUGUACACUGGGGCAAAUAGUUUCUAACAAGACUUUAACAAAACCAUUGGUACUUAAAAAUGGCAGACCUGCUGGAAAAGGCAGUAUUACGAUUACAGCAGAAGAAGUGAAGGAUAACAGAGUAGUUGUACUGGAAGUAGAAGCAAGGAAAUUGGACAAUAAGGAUUUCUUUGGAAAGUCAGAUCCUUAUCUGGAAUUCCACAAACAGACUGGAGAUGGAAACUGGGUGAUGGUUCACAGAACAGAGGUUAUUAAAAACAACUUGAAUCCUGUUUGGAGGCCAUUUAAAAUCUCUCUCAAUUCUCUAUGUUACAGUGACAUGGAUAAGUCAAUCAAGGUAGAGUGCUAUGACCAUGAUGGUGAUGGGUCUCACGAUCUCAUAGGAAGCUUUCAAACCACAAUGUCAAAACUGAAGGAAGCAUCUCGGUCCUCACCUGUUGAGUUUGAAUGUAUAAAUGAAAAGAAACGACAGAAGAAAAAAAGCUAUAAAAACUCUGGCAUUGUGAGUGUUAAGCACUGCGAGAUCAUAGUAGAAUGCACAUUCCUUGACUAUAUAAUGGGUGGAUGUCAGCUGAAUUUCACAGUGGGGAUAGAUUUUACAGGCUCCAACGGAGACCCUCGCUCCCCGGACUCGCUGCAUUAUCUCAGCCCCAGUGGAGUUAACGAAUACCUGACAGCCAUUUGGUCAGUAGGAAUGGUCAUUCAGGACUAUGAUACAGAUAAAAUGUUUCCAGCCUUUGGAUUUGGGGCACAGAUUCCUCCUUCCUUUCAGGUGUCACAUGAGUUCCCAUUAAAUUUUAAUCCAUCAAACCCAUUCUGCAGUGGAAUCCAAGGCAUUGUUGAUGCAUAUCGGGCUUGCCUUCCUCAAGUGAGGUUAUAUGGGCCAACCAAUUUUUCUCCAAUUAUAAAUCAUGUGGCAAGAUUUGCUGCUGCAGCUACACAGCAGCAAACAGCAUCUCAAUAUUUUAUACUUCUGAUCAUAACGGAUGGUGUAAUAACAGAUCUUGAUCAAACUCGAGCUGCCAUAGUUAAUGCUUCAAAACUGCCCAUGUCCAUUAUCAUUGUUGGUGUUGGGGGAGCUGACUUUGAUGCUAUGGAGUUUCUGGAUGGUGACAACGGAGUUCUUCGGUCCCCAUCUGGAGAACCAGCUGUCCGGGACAUAGUCCAGUUUGUGCCAUUUAGGAAGUUCCAGAAUGCUCCCAAAGAAGCUCUGGCGCAGUGUGUCCUGGCAGAAGUCCCCCAGCAAGUGGUGAACUACUUCAGCACCUACAAACUGCAGCCUCCUAAGAACCUUGCUGCAAAGUGAAGGGGUCAAGCAGAAGACUGAGGCU